UUGAUUUGGGGGUACUAGAGGGUGAUAACUGAGAACUAAGAAGAAAGAAGAAGGAACAAGUGGGGUGUUUCAUUGGUUGUUGUGUUUCCCACCAAGUUCACUUUUUUUCUGGGACCUUGAAAUCCUUCUACCCCUCUACUCAAGUGGGUCAUCCUUUGUGGCCCCUACUACUUCUUCAGCACUCCCCACGCUCCUUCUAUUUUUGUGCUCAGCUUUGAAAGAUCCUUCUUUCUCAAUCUUGGAUGCUCAGUGAUUCUCGUUUUUACCUCUUUCUGCUUCCUAAAGGUGAUGAUGAUGAUGUGUGAAGUGGUGUAGUACAGAACAUCUGAAGUUGAGGCUGCACAUGUUUGUUUCUGUUGGUUGGUGUAUUUCUGUGUUGUCUCUCAACAGAGUCCAUCUGUUCUUGUCUGGGCUAAAGGAAACUGCUCCAUUUCAAUCCAGGGCAUCUGGAUCGCCUGGAUUGGGCAAAGAUUGAAAAAGGGUAUUAUUGCUCGAUUCAAACUUGAUUGGUUUGGUAUUUAUUUGUGUUUUAUGAGCUUUUGCCAAACAAACCAAAAAAAGAAGGUUUUUUUUUAAUGGAUUUUUAGCUAUGAGAGAGUGAUUUGGAUUUGGAUUUGAUGCUUGGUCCAAGAUCACUAUGGAGGUGUUUCCACUUCUCUAGCAUUCAGUACUGUUGCUCAGUGGUCAGAUAUGAAGAACAUUCUUAAGAAGCUUGGCUUCAUGUCUAACCGAUCAGAGAAUGAACAAGGGUCUUCUUCAUCCAAGGGCAACAAGUCAAAUCUUGGCUCAUCUUCAUCUUCCAAGAAGGUUUUGCGUUCAAAGUCCCCUCAGAGUUCUGAGCACAAGCCCUUUUCUGGGCUCUCAAGUUGGUUGAAUUCAGUUGCCAAUAGGCAGAGUGCUAGUCCUCCUCCAUCUUUGAGUCAGGCAAGGGGAGAGAGAAUGGAGCCAUCUGAUGCAGUGAGCAGUGGUGGUUUGGAUGUUGUGUCAGAUUCAGCUAGGCUUGAUUCAGGGUCUACUGCUUCCAGGGAUCCUGAAGUGGAGGAAGAGUAUCAGAUUCAGCUGGCUUUAGAACUGAGUGCAAAGGAGGAUCCUGAGGCUAUGCAGAUUGGAGCUGUUAAGCAGAUCAGUAUGGGACCUUGUGACCCUGCUUAUACACCAGCUGAAGUUGUGGCCUACCGUUAUUGGAAUUACAAUGCUCUUGGUUAUGAUGACAAGACCUUGGAUGGCUUCUAUGAUCUGUACGGGAACUUAACUGUGUCAACCCCUGCAACAAUGCCUUCCCUUGUAGAUCUGCAACUGCAAGGAACAUCAAUAUCGGGUAGUGGCAGAUGGGAAGCUGUCUUGGUCAAUAGGGUUGCUGAUUCUAAUUUGUUGAAACUUGUGCAAAAGGCUCAGGACUUGACUGGAAAAUCAAGCCCCGAUUUUGAAGUAGUUAUAGAUAGCAAUGUGGUGCACAAGCUUGCAAUAUUUGUUGCUGAUUAUAUGGGAGGACCUGUUGGAGAUCCUGAAAGCAUGACAAGAGCAUGGAGGAGUCUUAGUUACAGUCUGAAAGCAACCGUUGGUAGCAUGAUUUUGCCACUUGGUUCUUUAACUAUUGGAUUGGCUCGGCAUCGUGCAUUGUUAUUUAAGGUUUUAGCUGAUAGUUUGGGCAUCCCAUGUCGGUUGGUGAAGGGGCUGCAAUAUACAGGUUCCAAUGACGUGGCCAUUAACUUUGUCAAGAUUGAUGAUGGAAGGGAGUACAUUGUUGACCUAAUGGCAAAUCCUGGAACUCUUAUUCCAUCUUAUGCAACUGGAUCACAUAUAGAGUAUGACGAAUCUUCAUACGUGGCCAGUCCUUCAUCAAGAGACCUUGAUUCCUCUCAUGUAGCAUCAUCCAGCAGUGGUGUUGGAAGUUCAUAUGAAGAAACUUCAGAUUUGGGGACAUUGGACAAAGGAAACAGAUCAAAACAAUUUUACGAUACAGGAAAAGAAUCUGAUGUAAGCAGACAGUCUACUGGAAAGGAAGAAUCAAUGAGACCCUUGAAUGAGUUCAAAAGUCCUCACAAUGUUCAGAAGAUUGCAGGGCAGGAAGCUCCUGGAAGACCUAAUCAUCCACAUGUACAUGCAAGAUCUCCUUCUUGGACUAAAGGGAUCAGUUCUCCUGCAGUACGCAGGAUGAAAGUUAAAGACGUUUCUCUAUACAUGAUUGAUGCUGCCAAGGAGAACCCUCACUUAGCCCAGAAACUUCAUGAUGUUUUACUUGAAAGUGGUGUGGUUGCUCCUCCAAAUCUAUUUUCUGAAAUUUAUGACGAAGAUUUAGGUUCCUCAAGCGAAGAAAAAGAUGAACAAAAACAAGGAAAUGAACAGCAAGAGGCCGAGGUUGAUGGUAAUCCUAGUCCUCAAAUUUUGCCUCCUUUGUCUCACCAGAGUGUUCAUCCCAAAGCAAGUACUAGCAGUCAGCUGGAGCAUUCUAAACCUGUUGAAGGUUUAGGAAUCAACCUUCCUCUUCAUACAAGGGAACCAGCCGGACAGCAUUUACCAACUCAGGUAAAAUAUGGGCAAAAUGUCCCAGUUGCUGCUGCCGCUGCCGCUGCUGCUGUUGUUGCUAUUGUUCUUUGGCUUGAUCCCCCAUCUCAUACUUAUGUCCACAUUGGCUUUGCCACUUUCCAUUUUUCAUGGUUUAUGAUGCUAAUAAGUUGUGAUCCAUUACCUAGGUGUGAUGUUUAUAGCUUUGGAGUCAUAUUAUGGGAGCUCUCUACUUUGCGGCAACCAUGGGGAGGAAUGAAUCCGAUGCAAGUUGUUGGUGCGGUGGGCUUCCAGCAUCGCCGUCUGGACAUUCCAGAUAACAUGGACCCUGCCAUUGCUGAUAUUAUCAGGAAAUGCUGGCAAACAGAUCCAAAGUUGAGACCUACAUUUGCUGAAAUAUUGGCGGCUCUAAAGCCGUUACAGAAGUCGGUUAUCGGAGCUCAGGUGCCUCGGCCAAGCGCUUCAGGGAAGCAUGAGAAGGCUCAGUCAUCACGUGCUGUAGAAGACUCAGCAAUAUAGGAAACAAUUAUACAACUAACCAAAUCUUUGUUCAUUUUGCUGCUGAAAGGUGGAGAACAAGUUGUCAAGUUGUAUAGUAUUUUUGGAAUGAAAAAAGUGAGUGGUUGAAGCCAUCACCUAACUUAUAUUCUCAUCCAAGUUGUGAUUCUUUCCACUCUUGUUCCUUUCCUUUGUUUUCUCUUUUGCUGUUGGUUUUCCUUUUGCAAUCUGAAGUGCAGUCAUUGUCAGGUUGUACCAUUUGUUUGUACACAAUUCUUUUGUAAUUGUUGUAAUCAAUUCUAAAUUUUGAUGUCCAUAAAUAGUUAUAAAAUUUUGCAGCUGUAACUUGAACGGUUGAAGUAAGAUGGACAAUGAAUGAAAAAUGUUUGUUGCUGUAAAAUACUGACCAUUUAAAUGGUGCAAUAACCUCAAAUUUUUUUGUGCUUA